UCCUUACAUAUAGCGACUACUUAGCAGAGCUGCGCGAUUAUCUGGCUGCUGAGAUUUUUGAGUGUGUGUAUAUCCACAGCGCUAUAUGAUAGCGGGAGAUACCUCCACUCGAAAUAUUUCUGAUAUCCAUCAGAUAAGAUCGUUAUAACAGAACUUCCAAAAUGUUAUCGGCUCCAAUCAAUAGCCCACUUUCGCAUGCCACCUACGGAGCACUGUCUUCUCCAUAUCAACGCAAUGCCACCGUUGUCGAUAUGGUACCUACAGACAUGUUGUAUAUGAUACACGAACAUUGGUAUCGUUUUCCACCAAUGAAUCCACUUUGGCACAGCCUUUUAGGAAUAGCUAUGAUUGCUCUAGGGAUAAUAAGCGUUAUAGGAAACGGAAUGGUUAUAUAUUUAAUGAUGACUACGAAAUCAUUAAGAACGCCGACAAAUUUAUUAAUUGUUAAUCUAGCAUUUUCAGAUUUCUCUAUGAUGGCAUUCAUGAUGCCCACAAUGGCUGCUAAUUGCUUUGCGGAAACUUGGAUUUUGGGACCUUUUAUGUGCGAAAUAUAUGGAAUGGCCGGAUCGCUUUUUGGUUGCGUGUCCAUUUGGACAAUGGUGAUGAUUACUCUCGACCGAUACAAUGUUAUUGUUCGAGGAAUGUCAGCUACUCCUCUUACUCACAAGAAAGCCGUCGUAGAGAUUUUGUUUGUGUGGAUCUGGUCUAUCGGUUGGACGAUUGCGCCAAUGUUUGGUUGGAAUAGGUACGUUCCUGAAGGUAAUAUGACAAGUUGCACUGUGGACUAUCUCACAAAGGAAAUUGUAUACAUGUCCUAUGUUAUCAUUUACGGAUGCGCGGUAUAUAUGACGCCGUUAAUAACUAUGAUCUACAGCUACUUUUUCAUCGUGAGGGCGGUAGCACAACACGAAAAAACUUUACGAGAACAAGCUAAGAAAAUGAACGUCGCUUCUCUUCGAGCCAAUACUGAUCAACAAAAGCAAAGUGCAGAAUGCCGAUUGGCCAAGAUUGCUAUGAUGACUGUUGGUUUGUGGUUCAUGGCUUGGACACCCUAUAUAACUAUCGCUUGGUCGGGAAUCUUUACGAAGGGGGAUCGUCUGACUCCUCUUGCAACCAUCUGGGGUUCGGUUUUUGCUAAAGCUAAUGCAUGUUACAAUCCUAUCGUUUAUGGCAUCAGUCAUCCCAAGUAUCGAGCAGCUCUUUAUGCAAAAUAUCCAUCUCUAGCAUGCGCGGGCGAAGACACCAGUGAUACAAAAUCAGAAGCUUCUGCAACUACAGUAGUUGACGAUAAACCAAAAAAUCCAGAAGCUUAAUAUCAACAACUUCGUUCUUCUUAGAUAUUAAUUGUGAACAAAAUGUCAUAGCAAUAAAACAUUUAACAUAUGUAACAAAAAAUAGAAAAUUAUUUUUCAGAAUAAAAUUUAGAAGCAUGCAACCAAAAUAGUUUUGUA